GUGGCGUAAAUAAUUGCAGCGUGGGAUAGUUCUAAAUGCAGCUGGAAGCUGGAUUUUGCGCACAAUAUUAAUAUUUACAUUUCGAAGACAACGCGCUAUCGGAUCCGGCAAACACUAUGGAAGCUGAAAUGGAUGAAAUCAUCGCUGGGCUGAAGAAUGCUACACUGGAGAAAAGUUCCGAACAUGCCCUGCCCUUGCUGAAGCAAAUAUCCGACUCGGAAUCGAACCUCUGUGAUAAAUACGACAUUAAGAACGAUUUGCUAGAGCUGCUUCAGCUGGACAACGUCAGUUUGCAGAUACAGGUGGCUCGUUGCAUUGCCGAGGUGGCAAAAACCGAUAAUCAAAGAACCAAGUUCUCCAAGGAGGACGUCAUACGCCGGUUGACGGAACUGUUGCAAGUACCGGACAAUCCUAAGGACAACAGUACCACCAAAGACGCUACGCUCGAACUAGCCACACAAAUAUGCCGCGCCCUGGGCAAUAUAUGCUACGCAAACGAUGACGCACGCAACAUUAUUAAGGAGCUCGGUGCGGACAAGCACAUCUUUGCUCUGCUCGAUUACGAUGUGGACACCGAUGAUGAGGAUUGUGAUCAGUUCGUGCGGGUAAGGUGUGGACUUAUUUCGAACUACCUCCUGGGCAGUGACGAGAUUGCCGAACGUGCAGUUGAGCUGAAGUUGAUUGAAAAGCUGGAAAAAAUAUUGACCCGCUGCUUGGCGAACGUAGAUCAACACGAGGAGCUGCUGCUAAGCAUUCUACCACCGUUGAGCAUUCUGACCGAGCAGAUAAGCGAUCUUUACUUUGCGCCUUCGCUUAACAAAACGAUUGCAAAGAUUUUGGCUAAAUGUACCAACCCGGACAUUGCCGAAUCGUGUCUGGCAUUGCUGCACUACGAGGCACAAAACGAUGACGUGAAGCUGCUGCUGGCGGAAGAAGGUCUCUGCGAAACGAUCUAUCAGCUGCUGGAAAAGUACAAAACUUUUGCCAACACGGACGAGGCACGGGUACUCAUGAAACUUGCCUGCGAUUUGAUCGUGCUUAUACUGACGGGAGAUAAAUCAAUGCAUUAUCUGUACUCAACGCCACUACUGAAGUGCAUGGAAGAUUGGCUGGAUUCGUACGACGUAGAGCUGCUCACUACCGGUGUGCUUGCUCUUGGCAAUUUCGCUCGAACAGACAGCCACUGCAUUCAUAUGGUGGAGAAAAAAAUAAUGCACAAACUCCUGUCCAUUCUAGCAAAAAAUAAUGGAACAGAGCACCAAAUGACGCUGCAGCAUGCGCUGCUUAGCACGCUAAAGAACUUGGUUAUACCGAAACCGAACAAGGCCGCCGUCAUAGAGGCAGGCUUGGUGGAAAUAAUUUUACCAAUGCUGGAAAUACACCAGGCACCAGUAGUUUUCAAACUGCUCGGUACAUUACGCAUGACCGUCGAUGGACAAGAAAAACUUGCCUCAGAGCUGCUGCAAAACGAAAAGCUAGUCAAACAGUUGGUACACUGGAGUCAAACGUCCGAGUUCACGGGAGUGCUCGGCGAGUCAUUGCGGCUGAUGGCUUGGUUAAUCAAGCAUGCGUACCGCCAAAAGGACAGCGAGCAACAUACAAUGGAUGAUACUGGGUUGCGAAAAUUCGUUGCAACGGAAGGUGCGGUGGCCAGUAUGGUGGGCAUGCUCGCCUCAACACACUUGGUGAUGCAGAACGAAGCACUGAUCGCGUUAAGCAUUUUGACCACGAUUUUCCACAAUAAAUCGGCGACCGAAAGUAACAGACUGGAUGAGCUGCUAAUACAGGCCGGCGUGGGAGCAAAGAUUGCCGAGCAAAUUACGCUCAAUGGAGAAUCGAUGACGAAGGAGUUGGUAGAAAAUCUGCAAACCUUCGUCAAGCAGCUGCAUUCGUCGAGUGACGCACUGAUUGCGCAUCUGCGGGAGCAUAAUAUAGAGGAGCUGCUAAAAACCAUACCCAGUUUGGUGGAGUACUGUACGCUUUGAACGGCAGC